AAAAAGUUUCUUCUGGGUUUUAUGAACAUGAUGAGUGCAGACAAACUGUUCGACAGAAUGCCAAAAUGAAGAGCAGAAGGUCUAUGAAGAUUCUAAUUGGUUAUUGGAUGGAAGAUAGAUAGUGGAUAUGAUCAAAGUUGAUGUGGAAAAGUCCCUUUUGUUAUCAGACAAAUUUGAUGAGUUACAUGGGUCAUAAAGAACCAGGAUUCUUUGUGAGAAAGAAAGGUCACAAUGUACCUCUGAGUGAGAUCGACUAAGCUCUCCAAGUUCAAGAGAAACCUAUAAGUGAAGCCAUGCGAUACUCAUGACCAAACAAUCUCUUAUACAUGGUGAAUUGAAGAUUACACCUAUAGCUCCAUGAGAUCAUGCUUCCACCACUCAUUCCACCAAGCCAUAUGCAUUUGGGGUUCAAACUUGGCCUCUUGCUUUCACCCGAUUCCAAGUUUGCGAGGGAGUACUAGAGACAAGUCCAAAGCAAAGUCAUCAAGCCCAGUAUAAUUUUUUAAGCCCAUGUGUUUAGGGUUUUCCUUACUAAGUAGCUUCAUAUAAAUAAGUACUGAUAGUGAUGUUAUGUGUUUAGCUUUGUAACUUUGUCUGCACAGUUGAAGCAUCUCCCUUUCUCAUUUUAAAUUAAAUACAAUUGUGUUUUUUGACUCUUGCAGACAAGUUAAUUGACUUCCUCUCUUUAGUUUAUUAGUCAUUCAAUAGAACUUUAUCAGCUAUUAGUCUUUCAAUAAAGCUCUACAGAGCCAUAAUCUUUCUAGUUUCAUAAAUGUUAUCAAAUGGAGGGCAGAUUUUUUCAUGAAUUUCAAGUUUUCUCUUAAACCAAGUUCUUCCGAAAAUGCAUUAGCUUCCAUUUUGAUGUUCCCACAAUUUGGAAAUUUGGCGCAUGAGAAUUUUUAGUAUAGAAACAAGGCAAAACCAAUAAAGGAAAAUGAAAUAGUUGGGAGAUUUGGAUGUGUUUUUGUGUUAGAUGUUGGUAAUGCCUAAAAUUAACCAACGAAAAGGUGACGUAGUACACAAAUAUAGCAACACUAACUAUCACAACCACAACCACAAUUAUCUUUUUCUCAUUCUUUUUCUCUUUCUCUUUCUCUUUCUUUUUCUUACCUAUUUCUAAACAUAGCAAGCCUGAGAAAGAAACACACACAAAAACCAUUGUCUUUAGUCCUUCCUAACUGUUUUUCAGAGAUAAACAAAACGUGAGUUCCCUAAAUUUCUCUUGACCAAAAGAAACAAUUUGCAACAAGAAAAAAUCGUGAAAAUGGCAUAAAAAAUGGUGAUGCUAUAGGCCAAGGGAAAAAGAAUAAAAAGGUAGAAGAGGCAAAGGACAUGGAAGACAGUCGCAGAGGAUCAUCUUCAACACCACAAUCUCGAAGAAUCAUGGUGAUUGCCGACCCAACCCGUGAAUCCGCAGCUGCUCUUCAAUACGCUCUUUCACAUGCCGUGCUUGAGCAAGACGAGCUUAUCCUCGUCCAUGUUGAAAACAAUGGUGGCUCAUGGAAAAAUGCUUUCUCCAGUUUUUUGAGAUUACCAAGCUCCAGCUCCUCCUCAAACACCAGCGGGUCUUCACCAGGAGCUGCUAAUUUUAAUCCUAGCACAGCAAACUCGGCUUCAUCUUUGGCCUCAGAAAUUGGUCAGGGAGAAGGAAAUUUUCUUGAACAGAUGAGACGUAUAUGUGAAGUCGCUCAGCCAAAGGUGCCUGUGCACACCGAGUGUAUAACCAUGGAAGGCAUCAAAGCUGCAGCUAUUCUUCUUCACGGAGAGAAACUUGGGGUUGAUGUUAUAAUCAUUGGUCAGCGGAGGACAAUCUCAUCCUCCCUUCUAGGAUCUAGGCGACCUGGAGGGUCUCUAAGAGGGUCAAAAGGAGUAGACACAGCGGAAUAUCUAAUCGAGAAUAGCAAAUGCACAUGUGUUGGUGUGCAGAAGAAAGGUCAAAAUGGAGGGUAUGUUCUAAACACCAAGACCCACAAGAACUUUUGGCUCUUGGCGUGAUCAUGCUCAAUGCUCCUAGUCAGUUUCAUAAUUCAUAAAUGUAGCUAAAAAGGAAAUUAUUAAAAUUUACCUGUCAUCUUCACUUGCUUGUUUCAUGAUCUCUAACUUCAGUAGAUGAAGUGUUAUGGAGGCAAACAUAAAUGAACUAUUUAUUUUACCAGGUUCAAUGUUAGCCAGAUUGUGUACACCCCAUACCUUCAAAACAAGUUUUUCUGACAAAAAUUAGUUUCAACUACUGUGUCAACCUAAGGCUUCACGUAUGCUUCAACACAAACCUUAUGUUUGCAUAUAUAUAAUCGUCGAUUCAUACCUCAACACUUAAUUGUGGUCCCUAUCCGAAUAUGCAUUAGCAACAUUUGCUAAACCUAUCUUUUCUUUUCACACUAAAAGUUUCAUUCAUCAUUUGAGGGAUACAGUGGUGGAAUACCUUUGUGAGAUACAAAUCGGCAGUACAAAAGGAUGACUCCGGAGAUAUUUGCCGGUGAAAACCAUAAGUUUUCCCAGAACCAAAUCCUUAAGAAAGGGAGACUAAAACAACACCAAAAUUAACUAACCGAGGCUGGAUCCUAGAGAAAACAACAAUGACUACGAAAGCAAAAGAGAAAGGUGGACACAACUGAGAACACAAAUCAACCUUCACCUUGAAAUAAUUUAGUUCUCUCUAUAGACUAAUCAACUAAUCGUUUCUUCAUGAUAAGCUGGCUAUGACGUGGCCAGUGACUCCUAAACAAAAAUAAUAUUUAUAACAAAAAGUAAACUAAUAAUAUAUAAAUAUAUAACAAUGACAUAUAAAAUAGAAAAAAAACAUAUUGUCAUCGUCUUUCGCACAUAUAUGUGAAAUUGUCUCUUCUUUUUUCAUUUGAUUCCACCAAAACUAAUCAACUCGUUCAUGCGAUCUCCUUUUAAGAACAGUGCUGAUUCCAACAACUAGAAAAGUGCUGUGACAAAAAUGAGAAAAAUAGAUACAGAAACAGAUGGAUAUAGCAAUAUAACAAUGACAUCUAUGUUUAACGUGGUUGGUACUAGCUAGCUACCUUUACAUGUAAAAUUUUUUUUAUUAUUGGAGAUGAUAUUAAAUUUAUGGAGGAAAAACUGAUAAGACAUCUAACCUAUACUAAAAGGGUUAUAUGAGGAGUAGAGAGUGUGUCCACGUAGGACAAUUAAAUCAUCCAAUCAGGAGACUUCUUUAUGACACGUCAUGCCCUCAUCAAUCAAUAACAGAUUAAUAAUGUGUCAAAAAAAUUGGAAUUACGCAGAGAAGAAACGAGGGUUGUCUUCCCUCUUCGUGCGCCGUUCUAUGUCGUUUCCGUUUACUUUUACCUUCUGAAACAGUUUGAGUAAAGAGUUUGUGUUUAAUCUCUUUGAUUCGUCCAUUCACUACUCCGUCUCCCUCUCUCUGUUUUCCCCCUGUUUUCUAUUUUGUUGAACCCAAAUUGAUUGAGAAGAUGGGGAGAGGAAAAAUAGAGAUAAAGAAGAUUGAGAAUGUGAACAGUCGUCAAGUCACUUUCUCCAAGAGACGUAACAGGUUGAUAAAAAAGGCGAACGAGCUUUCGUUUCUCUGUGAGGUCGAUGUCAUCGUCUUCUCCAACACCGUCAAGGUUUACUAUUUCUCCAGCGGAAGGUAAAAAGGAUGAGUCUUUUGUUGUUUUGGGUUCAUUUGAGAUUCGUAUAAAGGUUAGUUUUAUGAGUUUAUGUGUCUAAAGAAACCCCUUGAAAACAGAGCAGUGUUGUCUACCAUUGAUAGGGUUGAUGGUGAAGUGUUUGUUCUGGGUUUUGUGUUUGAGGACUCUAGAUUGUGUCUGCGUGGAUUUGAUUUUAUCUGAGAAAGAUCUGAGAUUAGUAGUAGACGGUAGAGAUUGAGGAUGAAGAAUCAAUCUUUAGACGCUUUUGGUGAUAUGGUUGAAACUAAUUAAAGGAGAGUUUUUUGUUUGUUUCGAAUGUGUUCAUGGAGCACAUUCUAUCUAGGUAUGAAUACAACUGCUAAGACUGAACAACAACUUCUACUUUGAAUUAAAGGAGAGUUUUUUGUUUGUUUCAAAUGUGUUCAUGGAGCACAUUCUAUCUAGGUAUGAAUACAACUGCUAAGACUGAACAACAACUUCUACUUUGUUCUUCUCAAGAUAAUGGUGAUGUGGUAUGUGUAUCUAUUAUCUAUAAGCAGUGAACAAUGGGGGAUGGAACCAAUGAGGAGAGCCAGUUGAUGUGGUGACAAAGCCAGGACAUGCUGCUCUUUUGAUCAAAUUAUGAUACACAACAAAUUUGUUUCGUGCAGAUUAUUACGUCACAUGAUCAGAGAAACAGCAGCUCACAUAUGAGAACUGAUACAUUGAGAAAUGUCUCACCAAUGGAUUUUUGGAGGCUCUCCUUCUGCACAUGUUAAUCUUGGCAACUGGUUUUAUUCCUCAUCUCCUGCAACUAUAUUUGUAUGACUGUAUUAGAUCAUAUUACUACCAAUCUUCUUCCCAAGAAUGGCUUUAUUGUUGUUCAAGAAAUGUUCUUAUAUGUGCUUCUAUUUUAUGUCUUCAUUUUA